AUGAACGACAACCUACAACGCAAUCCACCUACAGAAGCAUCGACGACAGCAGCUUUUAUUGCAUUUGAAGGAAGCUCAGCACGUCCACAAGAAUUAGAAUUUGACCCUUAUGCUGAAAACGAUCGUCAACAACAUCGAACAAUGGAUUCGAUUUUCAUCUCAGAACACCAAGAAGAAACUCAAAUGUCAAAUGCAAACACUGCACCAUUAAUGGCAAAUCAGAAUGCUGCUGUACUACCUUCACAUAUUCUCGAUCAAACAAUUGCGUUCGAUGCUGUCGAAUUGCCUGAAGAUUAUGCUAUUGCAUCGGCUCAACCUGUACCAUCAUUGUCACCAUCCUCUAUGGGUGAACAACAACCUGUAUUCCUCACCGAUGUAGACCAACAGCCUCUCUAUUGGGGCACGCUCAACCUACCAAUAGGUUCUUCACCAUCAUCAUCCUUACCUAUGCCUUCAACACAACAACAACAGCCAUCAUUCAUGUCUUCUUCAUCUCCAGAAUUGAUGGCACCUGCUGAUCUUACACCUAUAGCAAUGCCGUUACCAACAACAUCAUCUCCUCAGCUUAUAUACAGCAGCAGAGAGCAACAGCAACCAUUACAACCUCAAACAAUGUAUCCUCAAAAUACCAAAAGCAACAACAACAGAGGCACUGUUGCGUUACAACCGACAUCAGAAUCUUGUUCAUCACCUGUUGCUAGCACUCCUUCUUCAUCAGAAAGGGGUAACUACCUAUGCCGAGUGUCCCAUAAUUGCCGUGCCACCUUUACUCGACGCAGUGAUCGAGACCGACAUGAGCUUAUCCACAAACCCCCACGCACGCUAUACACUUGCGAGUAUUGCAACAUCACUUGUACUAGGAAAGAUACCUUGAAACGUCAUCAAACCAGAUCAUGCCCUGUCAUCAAUGCCUGCAAGCAUCAAUCAUCAUCAUCCUCAUCAUCAGCACACGCGUCACGGGGGUAA